UAAGUGGAAAUCGUGUUGGCUUCCAUCAAAAAGAUUACUGUGAUCUGAUCUUUUCCUGAAGAAAACAACGAUCAAGAUUGCCGUAUCAAUCAAUCUCGUACUCAUUCUUGACCUUGAACUUUUGCGGAAAGUCGGCUCCAUUUCCACGUUAAGAAGGCCUUAGGCCACUCUCAUUCAUUAGCUCACUCCACAGGCUCGCUCGCCCGGAUAUUUCUACCUUGGUGACUUCCGUGAUCGAGAGAAGACUGUCCAACAACCACUACAGCAACAACGCCAACAAUAAGCCAUACACGUCGCUGAGCAUGGACUACUACUACCAAUAACCAAGGCAACCAGUAGAUUUUUUUUGAAAAAGUUCCCAGAAGCUACAUCAAGAAUACGGGGGAGAGGAAGAACACGAUGAGAAGGGGGAAAAGCAGUACUUUUUCUCUUGGUCUUCACCUUCUUGAUACUACAAGUUCUACCAGAACAAUUGAGCCUUUUACAACUCUUUGCAGUUUGCAUGAACAUUGAAGAGGUGAUAGUGCGAGUAGUAAGCAGUUCAGUCAGUCGUCUUGCGUAGAUCCCCCUUCCAUUCGGUCAUACUCAGCACUCACUCUUCCCUCCAGCGCCUUUUUUGGGAACUAACCGGAGGGGAACCACGCAAGAACGGUAGAAGAGGAGUUGGUAUAUGCACUCCAUUGGCCCACUACAAGUGCCUUCUUUAUUGGGUCGCCUGGCCUCUUGAUAUAUAUUGAUAAAGCCUUCUUUUUCCUCUGGAACUUUGAAAAUGCAGGCGAACGAGAGAUCCAAGUCUUACCAGUGAAGGAGCGACAAGGCAACAACCGAGGUCGAACGUCGUCGUCGUCGUCGACACCCUCGUUGUUCGUCCUGUCCCCUUUCGUACUCCUGCCUCCGUGGAUCGAGGUAGAAACCUCUCCAAUUCUAAGGCAACUCUCGAGCAAAGAGGACGUAGAGACUUCUUUGGUGGUGAAGUGGUGAGAGGAGUCCCCUCCGUCCCUUCCUCGGUCUCUCCCUCUUUCGCGCCUCGGUUGUGGGACAUUGAAAGUGAGAAAUUCAGAAUCAUGACGACCUCCACCCGAUCAUCGUAUGACCAAAAUGGAGCCCUGGACAGUGCUGGAAGUAGUGAUGACAUUUAUGACUUCAGUGAUGUGUCCUAUGAUGACUUGUCCAUCCUCAAGACAGAGUUGUUCCACAUGAUGAAGCGAUCAGAAACGGUUCCAAAUGGAGACCACAACAAUUACUUGUCACAGAUUUUGGCCAAACAUGGGACCAUACCCGAAGAGGACGACGAGGAGUGGUAUCCACCCACCCCUCCACCUUACGAUGUUCUUGACAAGCUCAUUGAGGCCAACGAGUUCUUGGACUCCGACCCAACCUCAAGCACCCACGUGGCCGAGAAAUUACGGUGGCGACCCGAUUCUCGUUUGGUUGAGAUCCGCUGGCUCGGACCCAAAGAGAAUUCAGUUUCAUCCAUAUCCUCAAACUCCGAGGAGAUCGUGAUUCUUGACACCAUGAAUGACCUCAAACUCUACGAUCCAUCGGGAUCAGAUUCGUCCAUGUCCUCAGACUUGGAACAGACAAAAUCCCUUCGUACCAAUAUCAGCUCGUGCAAGUCUAAUAGUAAACACAAUCACAACAACAACAUCCCUGAACUGUCUGGGUCUAGGAGCCCCAACGGGGAGAGCCCUGAGCCAGAUGAUUCAAUGUUCAAUACCUUCACCGGUGCUACCGCUCGCAAUCGAAAUUCCUCGUCAUCAUCAUCUUCCUCCACCGGGCCCAAACGUGUCCCAGCCAAAAUCUCUCCUAACUUAUCCGUGUCAAAAAGCAAUAACCAGCCGAAUUCAUUCACUUCGUACACCACCACAGCUCAUGCAACAACUGGCGCAUCUCCUUACGCACAAUCCCAGCCGACACCAAUCUCCAAAUGUCCUAUUCCACGACAACAGAACCAAUUGAAGCCCGCCCAUCGUGGAACGGGGUCACGGUGUAGUAGCAGUGCUUCAUCCACGCGUUCCAGUAGCUUGGAUCGACGAUCACAGAGUGCCAAUGCCAAUACUACGACAACCACCACCACCAUCAUCAACAGCAACAUCAAAAACAACAACAACUAUGCCAACAAUAGCAACAAAAGUCAUAACCAUAAUCGUAAGGCGUCCGGUAACGAUAAAAUGAGUGGCAGUUUCUCCCUGCCAGACUUGAAAGGGGUAGCCAAUGGCUCAAUGAUUCGGGCAAAUGGUAGCUCGUCCACACAAGAUCAGCCUUCCCAUAUCUCGAGGGUCAUCUGUCGCUCGAGGUCGCCAUUGCCCAAUCCCAAGCGGCCGAUCCUUGAUAAGCGAAAAUCCGACAACUUUUUGCGGCCUCCGCCCACUCUCCAGCGAAAAAACAGUCGGAAUUCAUUGUCUUCCAGCUCGUCCACAUCCAGCCAUUCCACUGGAGACGACACGAACUCGGAUUCGAGUCGUCGUGAGGCUGCAGAUCUGGCCUUUGAGAUGUGGAAACAGAGAAAACGACAAGAAAAACGACUGCGGGAAAGAAAGGUCUACUUACAGAGCCAACAACACAGACAUCUCUACUAAUCAAAGGCUGAUAUGCUUAUUUCACACUUGAUGACAGAGAUCUAAUCUAACCCAACAAGUGUCAGGUUCGACAGAAAAGGAUUUCGAACGAACUACUGGUUUAACACCGGAUUAUGAACAGCCAUGAGAAAAAAGAAACGGAUUGGAAAUGAGCUUCUUUUGCUAUAGACACUUUAUCAAUUUAUUAUACCCUUGAUGAUGAAAAUAAUGCUUAGAGAUCAAUAAUUUCAAUACAAUAUGCUGUGUUCGCAUA